AUGGUGGAUGAACAAGUGAAAUUGGUACCAAUAGCCAAUGUAGGAAGGAUUAUGAAACAAAUCUUGCCACCAACAGCCAAAAUAUCCAAAGAAGCAAAAGAGACAAUGCAAGAAUGUGCAUCAGAAUUUAUAAGUUUUGUAACAGGUGAAGCAUCUGACAAGUGUCAAAAGGAGAAUCGUCGAACGGUUAAUGGAGAUGACAUCUGUUGGGCUCUGAGUUCACUUGGUUUUGACAACUAUGCAGAGGUUAUGUUGAGGUACUUGUAUAAGUUGAGGGACUUUGAAAGAUUAAGAGCUAAUCAAAAUAAAUUAGGUUUAAAUGAUGAUGAUGAAGAAGCUCCAAGUGCACCAUUAGAGUUUAAUAUAAUGGAAAGGGUGCAACGUAGACGCUUCAAUUAA